AUGGAAACUAUACAAGUAUUCCCAGUGUUGACUGGACUGACAGAGCUGGAGUUGCAGGCGUUGGAUGACUUUAAGAAACAACCAGUGACCAAUAAUAUACCUGAUCAAUAUUUGAUGGUAUACUUAUUCUCAAAGAAAUUGAAUGUUGAGAAGGCUUGUGAGCUGUUGUCAAAUAACUUGGCAUUCAGGAAGAAGCUGGACCUGCCAUUCCCAGUGCGCAAGUCCGAUGUCAACAUUGAGAUCGUCAAGAAGAUGUACAGCUUCUUCGUCCCCAACAAACGUGAUCAAGAUGGUCGCAUCAUUGCCUACCUCCACCCAUGCCAUCUCCUCCCCAAGAACUACACCCUCAAAGAAAUGGUAGCUUCCAUGCUCUGGAACUCAGAUAUCACCAUCUAUGAAAAUCAAUCAAUGAUCAUUAGGGCUAUUGCACACAGGAAUGGUAUGGUUAUUGUGGAGGACUUGAAGAAUGUUGGAAUGAAGAACUUUGAUCAACGUUUGCCAGAGUCAUUGAAGGAGAUGAAGUUGGCAAUGGAGAAUGUGUUCCCAGGCAGAGCCCAGGCAAUAUAUUUGAUCAAUCAACCAUUCUUCUUGCGAUUCCUACUGUCAUUGGCCAAGAAGUUUAUCAAGUCCAAGUUGGUACGUCGUGUCAAGGUCAUUGGAAAGAAAGAGGCCAUGAAAGACGUCAUCGAUCCAUCACAUCUCCUGGAAGAGUAUGGUGGUACUCUAAAGUUCGACUUCCCCGCAUGGGUCGACUCACUCCCCGCAGACUAUUGA